AAGAAAAAAACUGCGCGACAAAACAGAACUCUCCUCAUAAAAAUAAAAACCAAAAACAAAACUACCUACAAAUUAAAUCGAAGAUAGACUAGAACAAGUCGAGUUUUGGCUUCGCAACGAUCAACAAGAGACAAAGGAGAACUAAAUUUUGAAGAACAGACGACGACAUUAUUAAAAGGGCAUAAUAAAGUUAAAACAAAUAUAUAUAAACUACCGUAAAUGAAAAAGAACAAUAUAACUAAUAAAAUAAUCAACGGAUAAUUUAUACAUAGUGCAUUAAUCGAGAUAUUAUUAAUAAUUCGCGUAUCGCUGGGAAUUUUUCCAAUUCAAAUCCAAUAUAUAUGUACAUAUAUACAAGUUUUUCUUUCCUUUAAUUUGCCCUAUCCACACCCUUAAGUACAUAUAAACUAUCGGACAACUGAUUGAAGUGAAAAAAAUUGUUAUUUUGUUAUGACCAUUAUGAAAUUUUGAUAACAAUUUUAUAUCUAAUCUCACUGCGUAUUUAAAAUAAUACAAAAAAUAAGUAUUUUUCUGGGAAAAAAAUUGGAGAAGUGAAAAAAUCAAAGUUAAGACGUCAUCGAUUAAUAGUGGAGAAGAAAGAGAAGAGACGUCAACCACAUCAACCUCAUCAACAACACAACAACGCCAAGUUGAUUGUUUUUAUUUUUUGAAUUGAACGCGAAAGAAGCGAAAUUUGAAACAAUUCUUUGUUUAUGGUGAUAAAUUUUCUCAAAUCAGUGACAAUUUUCGGAUAAAUUCACAUAAAUCGGACCUUGGAAAUGUUGGUAGAGUGCAAUUAACAAUUGGAAUUUCGCAAUUUUGAUUGAAUUUUUAAGUUAAAAUCAGUUUUUUUCCAAACAAAGAAAACUUCAAAUAUAUAGUGAGUAGUGAGUGAGACAGAGAGGUUUCUGUUUGGUUUGAAAUUUGGAUGAGAAUUGAGAAUCAAUUCAAUUGUAUUUUUGUGUUAGAAGAAGAAAAGUGUGUGAAGUGUAGCAAAAAAAGCAACAGUAAAUAAAGUUGUGUUGUUGUUGGAUUUGUUAACGACAUACGACACAUAAAAGUUUUCGGGGGUGGAGGUAAACAGUAAAGUUUUGUAGUUACGUCGUUUUUGCGCAGGUAUAAGAAUAAAGCGAGACAAUAAUAUACCUAACCACGAUAGUGCAAAAAAGAUAAUGAUAGUGUGUUUUUGUUAAUUCGUAUGUUUUUUUUAUUUUAAUUUCGUAAUCCUUGCAUUUUCGUUCGUUGUCUUUUCUCAUUUUAUAUUCAACUGACAGCUGAGUUUGUUGGUAGAACAGAAAUUAAAAUUAUUUUCGGGUCACUUCUCUUUUCUGAUAAUUUGGUGUUAAAGUUCAGAACUUAAUAAACUAUUUUUUUUCGUGGUUUGAAAAACUAUCUUCAAGUCGUUAUGAUGAACCUGUGAAGAUAUUUCUUGUUUUAUUUUUAUUUUUUGUUGUCGAACGGUGAAAUCAAGGACAAGACGGAAAAUUUCUUCCUUUAAUUUUCUCGCGUCUAUCUGCCCACCACCUCCGCUAAAAAGGAUUACAUACUUAGCUACCUAUUUUCCUGAAGAAGAGAAGAGCUUCUGAAAACUAGCAACUUAUCUACCUAUCUUAUAUUUUGGAAAAGUUGUCGUCAUAGAGAUAUGGUUUCUCAUGUUAAUCUUUUGCAGUAAAAAAACUAAAAGGAAUACACCUGCGCUACGAACUUUUCUUGGGCAUCAAAAACCCACACAUCGCGACUUCUUUCAUACGGACGACGAGACACGACGGUGGUUUAUCCUACAUCACUCAUAAAUUGAUCGAAGGAGUGUUGCCGCUACAAUAGAGUGCCUCUUGUUGGCCAAACAGAAUGUCAGCUGAUUCGCCGAGGCGCAGUGCGCGCGGUAUACCAGCCAUAGUCCCCCCACAAGUGGUUAGCGAUCGCUCGAUAAUAGACUCGGUAGCUGGAUUUAUAAAUGAUGUGACACUAAACAAUCAGCCACAAUGUGAUCCCAAGGACACAAUAACUUGGGCUCGAUUCGAGACUGCGGCCGAUAUAAGUGACACACGUUUCUGUGAUGAUUGGGAGCUGGAAGGAAAUGUUGCCCCACCUUUGCUUCUUAUUCUUGGCUAUGGUCAGGGUGUUCAAGUCUGGGCCAUACCUGCAAACGGUGAAGCUGUGGAGGUGCUCUCUUGGCGUCAUGGUAUAGUAUCGGCAUUGAGAGUGCUUCCCACACCUAGCUAUGCUGAUAAUGGUCGUGCUGAUGAGCCCAUUGACGCUUAUGCCGAUAAACGGCCACUUAUGGCGCUCUGUGAUGGGACUACGCCCGCUGGCAGUAAUCCGCAAUUUUGUGCUGUGAAUUUUGUCUCUCUAAAAACUGGCGCCCAGGUCAAGACGAUUAAGUUUAAGAAUCCGGUAUUGGACAUUUUAGCAAAUCGUUCGUCGAUUGUGAUAACAUUUCACGAACGCAUUGCUGUCUUUGAUUCACGGAGUCUCGAAGACCGUCUAUCAGUUACCACAUGCUUUCCAAGCCCAGGAAUAAAUCCGAAUCCUGUAGCUCUAGGCACUCGCUGGAUGGCAUAUUCCGAAAACAAGCUCCUGCAUUCUAAGCGAAGUGGUGGUGGCUGCGAUGGUGAUGGUGUCGCCAGUUAUACCGCCACAGUACUCAAUGCAGCAAAAAGUUUUGGUAAAGGUCUACGUGAACUUGGUGAACAAGUAGCAGCCGGAUUGACAGGAACAACUGGCUCUGGGGGUAGUUCGAAGAGCAGUAGCUUUGAUUCGGCUACUGGAGAUGUGCGCCAAGGUGGUGUUGUUACUAUCCUCGAUAUAAAGCAUCCAAUUAAAGAUGUAAGCCCAACAAGUGGGACUCCUAUAUCUAUAAAUGGAAGUGAUCCCAUUGUCGCCCAUUUUAUUGCUCAUUCAGAAGCAGUUGUGGCAAUGGAAUUUGACAAUUCAGGAAUGAUGCUGCUCACAGCGGAUAAACGCGGUCAUGACUUCCAUCUGUUUCGCAUUCAACCACAUCCUGUUGGUUCAAGUUUGGCUGCUGUACAUCAUAUUUAUGUCCUACACCGUGGAGACACUAGUGCUAAAGUACAGAACAUAACCUUCUCGUUGGAUAGUCGUUGGGUUGCUGUUUCAACUUUACGUGGUACGACUCACGUUUUCCCGGUAACUCCGUACGGAGGUCCAGCUGGAGUCCGUACUCAUACUAGCCUUCAUGUGGUGAAUAAGCUAUCACGGUUCCAUCGUUCUGCUGGACUCACUGCAGACGGCCGUUCGAGUAGCCCCAUAUCGCAUUCCGAUAGCACAAACUUUAGCCAAAUUCUGAUGCCCUAUCACAAUCCGACAAUGCCGCCUUUCCCAAGGCCAACAGUUGUACUUCCCCUGGCCCAGCUGCGACAACCCUUUGCUCUGGGUUCCCCACCUGGAUCGGCUGUGCCUAGUUCAUAUGGUAAGACAUCCAAUACACGCCAGCGAUUGUCCUCCUUAUCCGAUGAUAAUGGCAAGCCGCUAAGCGUUUGUGCAGUUUUUGCAAAAUCUCGAUCCUGGCUUCUGGAUCCACCAAAUGCGGCGAGGGAAGCGCCACAUAAAAUUCAACGUAAAGCAGUUGACUCUCUGUUCGUAAUGGCCGGACAUGGUGCACUGAUUCAAUACGAUCUGGAUACAAAACUUGCCACAAAUGUUGCCAAAGAGAAAAUAUGUGAUGAUACUCCCAUCGAGCUUGAAGUAGAAGCCAAGGCUCAAUGGAAUCUUUCCCGAAAAGAUGGAUCUCCAGAAAUUAUGCCACCACUUUCUGUCGAAAACUGGCUGCUUAAGGAUAAGAAUUCUUGCAUGCUUAUCGAUAGUACUAGACAAUAUGAAGAUAGUGACGAUCGCAGUGACAGUUGGUUAUCACAAGUAGAAAUUAUAACUCAUGCCGGACCUCAUCGAAGACUAUGGAUGGGACCGCAAUUUGUAUUUAAAACUUACAACACACCUAGCGGGUCAAAUUUGAGUCAUAUUGAUGUUGAGGCUGUUGAAAUUGGUGUUAGUUCUGGACCAAGCUCGACAAGCCGUCCCGAACGCUCAAGUCCUCUUAAUAUGCCACUUACUGCAACUGGUCGCUCAGCAGUUCCAGUUCUCAUCGAAUCUGGUUCAUACAGUAGCAUUGAACAAAGCCCCAAACUUAUGGAUCGUUUUCGUCAUGAACACAUGAAUUCGGAUUUCUCUGUUGCACAUGGUGAUAAUCGCCUAAAGGAGGAUCUAGCUGAUGCAAUGCGUGAAUCACCAUCGGUUUCGCAUAAAGAUUCAGGUGGUCAGCCUCAACGACGUAGACUUUCUGCCGCGGGCUCAAGUCGGGCAACUACAUCCCCAUCGUCUUCCCCGAAACCAAGAAGUGGUAGUGGUGGUGUUUCUUCAGCAAGUUCUACUUCUUCGUCAUCGGCUGUAACAUUGGUUGGUGGUUGUGGUGACGCUGGUGAAUUUACUUCAAAAUAUGAAUCGCUUGAAUCCUUAAUCCAGCAGCAGCAGCAGCAACAGAGUCAUAUCAAGGCAAUGUCUAUUGAGAAAGUAGUCAAUCCAUUGGGCACUGUGACAACAAUUACGGGUAGUUGUGACAGUGAUUUGGAUACAGAUGAUGUUUUGAAAAAUGUUAGUGCUCAAAGUUAUGUUAUCCAUGAGAAUUGUGAUGAAUCCCUAUUUCGUCCGGUUGUGGCAAUAUUUUGUGAUGAAAACAUUGGCUUAGACGCAGAACAAUUUGAUGAGGAUAGUGAAUACACCAAACCCCCAGAGGCAAUUGGGAAUAAGUUAAUCGUCCCGGUUAUAGAAAAAGCCGUUGAUUUGGAAUUAACGAAGAAGGAAUCAUUGAAAAACCGAGGCAGGAGGCAACAGAAACAACUUAUUCAAAAGGUUAAGGAGGAGUCAGACGAUGAGGUAGUUAAAUUUAAUAUCGCAGAUGUAAAACGUAAGCAGAAAAUUGAUAAGAAAAAACCAAGAGUUGAAGAACAAGAGGAUAUAUCAGUUAAUAAAAACCCUCUAACUAAGGCGGGAAUUGAAAGUGAUCCAUCGACGUCUUUAAGCUCUAAAUCGAAAUUGAAAAUACAACCCGAGGAUGAAGCAGCAAAGUUAAAAGCAUCCAGCACGUCGUUAUCCAAGACAAAUAAAAGUUAUAGAGGCAAUGAAAACGAAGAAGUAUCAGAAGAUCUCUCUGGUUUGGAAAGACAUGCGGAUCACUUCGAGAUUAAAUCAACAUCGGACAAAGAUUCGAAACUAAAAUCAACAAAAUCUCGUAAAAGUGUUGAGAGAGAUCCUUUAUCCGAUGAAGUUGACAAUAAGAAAAAGUUUUCGGAUAAUGAAGUCACAAAAACCAGAAAAAGUUUGGAAAAAGACAUAGUAUCCGAUGAAGUUGACUGUAAUAAAAAAACUAGUUCCGAUAAAGGUGCUUCGGAUAAAGCUGGAAAGUCGAAAACACUUAAAAGCCGAAGAAGCCUAGAGAAGGAGAUUCUUCCAGUUGAUGACACUCAAAAUGCUCCAGUAGUUCAUGAAAAGAAAUCAUCGGCUAAAAACUCAAAACCUAAAAUAAUAAAGAUGUCAGAGUCCACAAACCCUUUAUCCGAAGAAGAUCUUAGUAAAUCUAGUAGCUUGGAUAAUGUUCCGAAAGUUGCUGUAAAAUCAAAAAUAUCUAAGGGACGAAAAAGUCCUGAAAAAGACGUUGAAAGUAGUUCUGAUAGUCAAACAUCUUCAGUUAUAGAAUCAGUAAAGUCUUCAAAAUCACAACCGAGUGUAGAAAACGAAGUUCCAAAAUCACUCAAAAUCUUAGAAAAGGAUUUAGUUUCCGAUGAAUUAAAUACUUUGGAAACACAUUUUGAGAAUGAUGAAAAGCCUAAAACUGUUGAAAAGAACGAAACAAAAUCAAAGACCUCCAAAAUACGUAAGAGUGUAGAAAGAGAUGUGAAAACUCCAGAAAAGUCAAUCGAAAAUAAUUCUAAAAAUGGCAAUAGUCGAAAAUCUUCAGUCGUUGAAAUGCCAGUAGCAGAAGCAGAAGCAUCAUCUAAAAAGACAAAGAAAAAUCGCAAAAGUGAAGAGAGGGAAAUAGUUAUUAUUCCAAAAUCGAGUUCUACAGAAGAACAACAAGAAGACCGAACCCAAAAGACAAAAAAAGAAAGAGCAAGUGAAGACAAAAAUACUGAAGAAAUUCGUAGGACAUCGUUAGAUAAAGAACAAAAAUUAAAGAAGAAGGAUUCAAUCGAAGAAGUGACUGUUAAAAAUUCAGUCAAAGUCCAAAAAUCAAGCAAAUCAAAAAAGUCCCCAGAAGAUGAAACUGUAGCUGCACCUGUUAUUCUUAGCAGUCUACUGCAACCCGAAGAUUUUGAAGAUGAAAAACCAAUUGAAUUUAAGAGAAUGACAGGGGCAAACUCGAAUAAAAUUGUAAAUAAAAAUUCAAAAAUUGAUAAAACAAUUCAAGCCAAGUCAGAUUCUAAAGCAAAAUCAACACCUCAAGAAAGCAAAUCUGACACUCUUUCGGAUUCAAAAGAUUUAUCCGAUAUUACGACAAAUAAAAAGAAAAAUCGAGGCGAAUUAUUAAAAAAAUCUAGCCAAGAUAUAAAAGCUGAAGAAGUGCCUUUAACCGUCGAGUUAUCGAAUGCGUCUGAUUUGGCCGAUAGCUUGCUUGAUUUUCAUCAAGAUAAGACAGAAGAUGUGAAAAGUUCUUCAGUAGAUACGGAUAAAACAAAAAAGAGAACCGAUGAAGUUAAAGAAUGCAAAGUGUUACCUGAGCCUGAUAUAAAAACUGUUCCAGACAAAUCUGUCAAUGUUACUUUAUCUGAAAAGGAAUCAAAGAAAACUUUGAAAAAAUCUAAACCAGAUAAAGUUGCAACUCCUCCUUCAGAGUUGUUGGGCUUAUCAGAUAAUAUAGCCAAACCAAAAGAUACAAUUAUAAAUGUCGAAGAAAAAGAUGCCGAUACUAUGAAAACACAAAAAUCUUCUCUAGAAAAAACAUCUAUUAAACCGGGGAAAAAGGUGACAAAAGAUACAAACAAACCAGACAAAAUAUCGGAACCAAAAAGGAGACAAUCCGACGAAUCGGUACGUUCUCGCAGUAACAGCGUGAUUUCUGUUAAAACUGAUAAGCUUCUAGAGCUUUCUGCUUUACCAUCAAAGCUAGAAGAUGAAAUCACAACAAAAACAGCAGAGCCAGAUUUUCUUAGUGAGUUAGCCGAUAGCCAGAAAGCUAUUAAGCCGAAAGAUUCAGCCGAAGCUAACAGCAAAAGCUUGAAAGACUCCCCAGAAAAAACAUUAGGUUCUCCAUUGAAGUUUGUCGAUACAUAUGACGAUAACUUCAUAGCCCCAGAAAUUCCUUUGAAAAAGGACAAGUCUAAGAAGAAACAAACUUCGGUUAAGGUUGCUGUUGAAAAACCCUCAGAUAAAUUAGAUUCAGCUUUUAAAUCUUGUGAUGAAAUUCAAUUCUUUGAUUCCUUCCUCCAAGAAGGUGCCGCAAAUGCUUCUGUCGAAGCUGCAACUCCAUGGAAACCCAUUGUCAAGGUGGAGGAAAAAACAAAGCUACUGAGUAACGAUUUUCCCUCACUUGGCAAACCAAUGAAAACUAAAAAAUCUCAAAGUCCACCCAAGGAAAAAACAGAAUUGCCUCCAUUCACUAUCGACAUCCGUGACGAGAAGAAGGACAAUAAAAACUCAAUGAAAAUGAAAACUAAAAUCCUGGACGACAUACCACUCCUGCAACCACUGGAAGAACUUCCAAUCGAUUUCCUGCCACCCCUUGCACCACUAGAACCCUUGGAAGGGACCGAUGAAAAUAUCAGCCUCAUCAAUUUUGAAAGUCCCUUGCAAGAGGCUUCGAAACCUAUAAAACCAGAAGCUGAAGUCGAGAAAGUACCGUCGUCAACACAAUUCCCAAAAGGAUUCCCAGCUGAUAAUAUAAUUUUUGCAUUGUGCGGAAGUUUGCAUUAUGAAAACGAAAAUUCAGGAAAGCCAGUCGACUCGCCACUGACUUUAUCCUUCUCCGAUUCGACCGCUCACACUACGGCGGAAUAUAAAAGUUUAACCGAGAACGACGAUCAAUAUUUAAGUUUGGAGCAAAGCUCCCAAGAGAAUAACCCUUCAACGUCGUCGUCAACGUGCGAGGAUGUUACCGAAGCCGCCUACUCAUCAGGUGGCGGCGGCGGUGACAAUGGCGGUGACUGUAGCGAGAACAUCAAUCCUGCCACCGGAAAAACGAAGAACAAACAGCGCCGCAAGAAACAACUCAUCACUGCCGCUCAAGACGAUGACGAAGAACUACGUCCGUUAAUAAGCAAGAAUGACGAUGUUAAUCUGAUGACCUGCAGCAUGACCAAAACCAAUACCAAAACAUCAGAAAUGACUUCAGUGCAUAAAACAAAGCCACUGCCAACGUCAGACGACAACAACCAGGUAAAUAGCGAUUCUUCAUCUAGUGAUCAAGCGAUGACAUCAGAAGACACCGAUGGCCAAACAAGUUUGACCAAAACACCAGGUAAGUCCUUGGUGGAUGAGGUGGAUAAAUCUGCCGAAGAUGAAGCCGAUAUGGCUGGAACUUCUUCUAUCCACCAAUCCACACAGCAAGCUCAAUCGCAGCAACAACAACAACAGCCUAGUUCGUCAAAAAAGAAAUUGAAACGUCGCAAGAGAUAAGAAUUAGUGAUUUGUUUGAUUUGUAUUUUUUGCCUAAUUACAUACUAUUUGUAUUUUAUUCUUUUUUCUAGAUCCAUGGAAUGAGUAAGUAAAUUGCUUAAAAAAGUAAAAUUCCACGAGCUUCAUCUAAUUCGUUUUUUGAUUUGCUCGCAAAUUUCUACGUACUCGUUUCGGAUCUUAUAUUAAAAAAAAAAAUAUUGUGUGAUUAAUUUCAUUUCCCUUUUAACUACUAACAAAGUCUAUUUUGCUCUUCCUGCUUAAAAACACAAUGUUAUGUACUUUAAGACGGUUCUUUUGAGAAAAAUUGAUUUAAAACCAUUAAUUAGGUAAAUUUUAAACCCUUUAAAAAAACACUUUCAAUAUUCCCCUAAAUUCUCUUUUAAAAUUUACAAUACGGACAUUUGUAAAUUUCCCUUAAAUGUCAAAACUCGCUCUUCCUUAACGUAAACGUUAUAUUUUUCAACUUGUUUUACCGUAAAAAUAUUCUAGUACUAAUAUUUUCAGAUGCUUUUUCCCCCUUCUAUUUUUAACAUCACACAAUAUGAAAAUACAAUUCAAACAAAUCAUGCUUUGGAGACAAAAAAAUAUUAUUUUUAUCAUUUAAAUGAAUAUUUAAAUUUAUCAAUAACAAAAGAAAAUAUUUUUGCUAAAUUAUUGGAUAACAAAACUCGUAAACAAUUUGUUGUUCAACUUGUUAACGUGUGUCAAUAUGUUUUUAAUUAUUUUGUUCUGCUUUAACAGUUUGCAUAAAUAAUAUAUCAUAAUUAAACUUAAAAAAAAAAUAAAAAAAAAAAUAAAUAUAAAAUAUUAAAAGUAAACAAAAAAAAACUAAUAACAUUAAAAAAAUAAAAUACAAAAUUAUAUAUUCAAACGCCUUUGAUCACGAAAUAAAGAAACGUAUAUUUACAAAUAAAAAAAAAUAAAAAAAGCAUUAAAAAUAUUAUUUACCAUAACAAGGUGUAUAUUUAGGUAUUAAUGUGGUUGUUGUUGCAGAAAUAAGGAUAUAAUAUUGCUAUAGUUAAAUUUUACAAGUAUUUUACAAUUACUUAAAAAUUACUCUCUUUUUUUUUGCUAGUAAUUUAAUUUUAAAUUAUUAUAUUUUGUUUUCUUCUAUAAAAAUAGAAAAUUCAAUAUUGGUGUUUAUUUAUUUUGUAAUUUAUAAAAAAAAAAACAUUUAUUUAUUCUAUUUUUUAAUCUUUUAUUUUUUUAUUUAAAUAAAAAACGUGAUUAUGUGACCACAUAUCAAAGACAAAAUAUGGCAAUUAUUAGUUAUUACUUUAUGAAAGAAAACUCACUUGAUCACAAACAAAAAAAAAAAUAUUUAAUCUACUUAUAAUUUAAAAUUUACUCAUUAUUUUUAUAGGAAUAUAUUAUUAUUUACAUCGUAUAGCUUGAAAGUUUGGAUGAGAAAUUACUAAAAAAAGCUUGUGAAAAAUAAUUCAUUAUUUUAAUUUAAUUAAGUAAUUUAUAAAGUUGUUAAUGUUCAGCUAUCAAAAAAAGAAAUUAAAAAAUCCUAAAAAAUAAAUAAAAUCUAUAACAAAUAUAAAAUGUAAAAAAAAACAGUAUUUACGAUAAAAAAUGAUAACAUAACAAAAACACGUCUAGUGUAUUAAAAGAAUUGUAUAGGUAUCUUAAUAUUAAGUUAAUUCAAAAUUAAAAAUAAAAAGAAAAAUGUAACCAGAAAAAAAUAUAAAAAAUAUAAAAAUAAAAAAAAACGUUACGGAAAAUAAUGUAUAAUUUUAUUUAAAAGUGAAGUCACAUUUAAAAGUAGCUGUUGUCUUUAGUCUGAUAUCGAAAGCCAUAAUUAUGAAUCCUUAAAAGUAAUUGCGAAUGUUUUUAUAGCUAUACCCCUCCAAAAGAAUUGAUAGCGGAUUUUCGAAUAUUCUAAAAAACAAGUGGGAAAAUUGAGUCACCUUCUUUAAAUUGGUUGCAAUUGUUAUAAUCUCAAGAUACUUCGAAUUUAUCUCUGGAAGUUGGACAAUUUCCCUUCUAAAACUUAGACUUGCGUAAUUUUUAAAUUUUCGAAAUUGAGCUUAUAGUCGUAGUAGUAGUAGUAGUAAGUGUGAUUUUUAUUUACAUUUAUAAGAAGUAAUUACAUAGCUUGGUAGUUAUCACAAAAGAGCAUUGGCA